AUGGUUUCGCUGCUUCGGCGAUUGUCUUGUCCUGGGCGAGCUUGGAAGCCUAUUUCCUUCAAGUCCGAUGUCAAGCGAAUCCCCGCUAAUGAAAAGAUUGAAGAGGAGCUCUUUCCAGACUACAUUGCGUCGCGUUACUAUCCGGUCCGCAUUGGUGAAGUGCUCAGGGAUCGAUACCAGAUUGUUGGCAAACUGGGAUUUGGAGCUAGUUCGACUGUUUGGUUGGCGCGCGAUCUAGAUGAUCGACGGCAUGUGGCACUAAAGCUGUUCAUAAACUCACAAUCUAUGGGUGAGCAGCUGGAUCACGAGCUUUCCAUGUACAAGCGGAUUUCCAAAUCUUCAUCAAGGCAUCCUGGGCGUGGUGCCGUUAGGGAACUCUUGGACUCUUUUGAUGUCACUGGACCAGACGGGUGCCACCGAUGCCUAGUGCAUCCUCCAUUGUGGGAGAGUCUCUUGACUUUUCUCCAUCGCAACCCAGUGAGGAGAUUACCCAUUCCGGUCCUCGCCUUCGUACUCCGACGCCUUUUUCUGGCCCUAGAUUUUCUGCACACAGAAUGCCAGGUCAUCCACACAGACAUCAAAGCCGACAACAUCAUGUUUGGGAUCGACGACGAUUCGGUUUUCACGGCAUUCGAGGAGCAGGAGCUGCUGGAUCCAUCUCCGCGAAAAGUGGUAGAUGGAAGAGCCAUCUAUCUGUCACGCGAGCUCCAGAUGCCAAAGAAUUGGGGAGCACCGGUACUUUGCGAUUUUGGCUCCGCUGUUGUAGGGGGCAAGGAACAUUUAGAGGACGUGCAGCCCGAUAUUUAUAGAGCGCCAGAGGUCAUUCUGGAAGCACCCUGGUCGUAUCAGGUUGAUUUAUGGAACGCAGGUUGUAUGAUUUGGGACCUUUUUGAAGGUGGUCAUCUGUUUACUGGGCAUGAUCCGGAGCAUCGAACGUAUCGUAGCCGGGCGCACCUUGCAGAGAUCAUUGCAUUGCUUGGGGACCCUCCGCAGGCGCUCCUCCAUUCUGGCAAGUCAAGCCAUAAGUUCUUUACGGAUAAAGGGGAAUUUCGUCAAAACAUUCCACUCCCGGCUAACGUAUCGCUGGAGGGGAGAGAGACUAACCUAGAAGGGGAGAGCAAAGAGAAGUUUCUCGUCAUGAUGCGAAAGAUGCUCCAGUGGGAACCAUCGAAGCGUUCCUCGGCCAAGGCGCUCGCCGAUGACGAAUGGAUCAUGCAGAAUAUGUAG